UGGGCACUUGCCCUUCCCGAGCCGGCGUCGGCGGUGGAGUGCGCAGGCGCGGCCUUCGUGUUUCCCCGGCUACAGUCGGCGCUUCGGCCCGCUAGUCCGCCGCUGGCUCUUCCGCCGCCCAGUGCCAUGGCGGGCUGCGCGGCGCGGGUUCCGCCGGGCUCCGAGGCGCGUCUCAGCCUCGCUACCUUCCUCCUGGGCGCCUCGGUGCUUGCUCUGCCUCUGCUCACGCGCGCCGGCCUGCAGGGCCGCACCGGGCUGGCUCUCUACGUGGCCGGGCUCAACGCGCUGCUGCUGCUGCUCUACCGGCCGCCGCGCUACCAGAUAGCCAUCAGAGCUUGUUUCCUUGGCUUUGUGUUUGGCUGUGGUGUGCUGCUAAGUUUCAGCCAGUCCUCUUGGAAUCACUUUGGCUGGUACGUGUGCUCGCUGUCACUGUUCCACUACUCUGAGUACCUAGUGACAGCUGUCAAUAAUCCCAAAAGUCUGUCCUUGGACUCUUUCCUCCUGAACCACAGUCUGGAGUAUACAGUAGCUGCCCUGUCUUCUUGGAUAGAGUUCACGCUUGAAAACAUCUUUUGGCCAGAACUGAAGCAGAUUACCUGGCUCAGUGCCACCGGGUUGCUGAUGGUGGUCUUCGGAGAAUGCCUGAGGAAGGCAGCCAUGUUCACAGCCGGCUCCAACUUCAACCACGUGGUGCAGAGUGAAAAGUCGGACACCCACACUCUGGUGACGAGCGGGGUGUACGCUUGGUGCCGGCACCCCUCCUACGUGGGCUGGUUUUACUGGAGCAUCGGAACCCAGGUGAUGCUGUGUAAUCCCAUCUGUGGCGUGGUCUACGCUCUGACAGUGUGGCGCUUCUUCCGUGAUCGCACAGAAGAGGAGGAGAUCUCGCUGAUUCACUUUUUCGGGGAAGAAUACUUGGAUUAUAAGAAGAGGGUGCCCACAGGCCUGCCUUUCAUAAAGGGGGUCAAGGUGGAGCUAUGACGGGGUGAGGCCCGUGGGACCAGGGGACCUCUGGCCCUGCACAGUCUAGGACAAAACCAAGUUGAGCACUGCAGAGUGAGUUUUCUUAAUUGUUUUAUAUGUAACUAAUUACUCCUCAGAUCGUCACCCAGGACCUAAUGUUGAGCAGGCCUUAGGUCCCAAGGAGCCACGGUCGCGUCUCCUGCGCUGAGGGAGGUCAGCGCCUCUUCCACAGUGACGGCCCAGGCCACAGUCCUGUGCCCCCUCAGACCAGAGCGUGUUUGCACAGUGACCAGGACACUCGCUCGGGAGAGGGGCACUGUCCUAUGCAACACGCAGCGCACUAGAGGGGUGGUCAGAGUUGCGGAAUAUUCGAAAUGCAUCAAAACCUUUCAUUUAACCCACAGCACAACCCAGCUUUAACCUUCGUCCGCCCAUAAGUGCAUGAGCAUUCACUAAAGAGUCCGCCCUUCAGCUCAUCAGACGUGAUCAUAACCACAGGCCAUAAAACUGUAGAUUCCCAGGGACACCGAGCCUCCCUGCCUGGGAGUUUCUAAGUCCAGCUUUUACGCAGCGACAGGCAGCACAGACCCUCAGGUGCUCUGCAGCUUUGAGUAGCCAUUGAACCUGAGCUGAGGACGGGGGCCCCGGGGGUCCUGAGGUCCUGGCCUUGGCUCGUCUGUACCCCUAGGAAGUAGUGUCCGUGCUAAUGCCAGGAAAUGCUGCCCUCCAUGUGUUUGGGAUUGUCUUAUUUAUCAUAGCUUGUGUUUUUUUAUUUCUGUUACAAUGAGUCUGUCAAAUUAGUUUCCUGUGUUUUUUCAAAGUAAAUCACCCUGCUGCUGCAACAGAAAAUAGUCCCCAGAAGGUUCCAGUGUAGCCCAUGCACCUGUGGCAGCAGUCCACAGCGGAGAGGCCUGGUUGAGUCUCCUUAGCAUCUUGGUUCUGCUGGUCUGGAAGAACAUUUGGCUUUCUCUGUGUUGAGCACAAAAGCUUUAAGAGGUGUGGCCCUUGAUUAAUCGUGGGCUGGACAAGAGCCUGGUCCUGCUGUGAGGCCCUUCCUGAUUUGGUUUUGUUGGUUGUCCUCAGAGCUUCUCCCUUGAGAUGUAGAAGUCUUAAAAGUCUGUCGAGUGUGAGCGCAGCUGGAUGGAGAACCCAGUGCGACAAUUUGAGUGUGUCUCAGCUCACACCCAGCCGUGAUGAAGGUGGGCUGUGGGGCUGACGGCAUCGGUGUACCUCACCUUCCCUACCAGCUCCAGCAGAACCCAGGUCAGCCUGUGAGGGCUCUGUGCCACAGCCAGGUCUUCCCCGACUUGAGAAAAACCUCUUCCUUCUCCCCUGCACCACUGAGCAGACAGUGCUGGGUUGAAAAGAAUGGAUACUUAGUCUAGUGUUCUGGCCUUCAGCUCUGUCUGCCCAGGCCUCGGAAGACUUCCUUCCUUCACAAGCACACCAGUGCCCAGAGCACACUUGGAACAUGGGGGCAGGCAAGCCCAGACCCAUGGUGGCCAUGGUGUUUGCCAAGCGCACAGGCUGCUUGCCACACUGGCCAGGUCUCCACCAGGGCACCAAGGGGGGUUGGAGUCACUGCCAGGCUGGGCUCCAGCAGGACACGAGUCUACACGGCGUGCUGACUUGGUGCUUGGUGGUGUCAGUGGCAGCACUGGCAUCUUCAGGAAGUGUGACAGUCGCACCCCCGACGGGGGAUGUUGGCUUUGGCCGCUCACAGUUGACUGGUUGGCAGGCCCCAGCAGACUGCUGCCCAGGGCUUUCUCAGCAGCUAACGGGCAUGUGCGGCUGCUGGGUGUGCAGGCCUGCUCCACAAGUACUCAAAAGCCCAUCUGACGGAAGGGAUGGAGGGUGGACUCUGGCCAGGGGGUGUGAAGGGCGAAAUGGGUGAGUGCUCAGUAUUGAGAUACCAUAGGACCCGUCAGGCCGGGAGAACAGUCAAGUGGCUGGUUAGUACUCUGUGGUCGGAUGCAGCCAGAGUUGACAGAACCUCAGUGGCUGUGUAAACGAAUUCUAGCUUAUUCUUGACAUAAUAUCAGGAAUUUCAUUAGCAAGGAGGUGACCCCAGUGCCGGUUCCUCCACCAGAACUCCUGAGAAUCCAGAAGCCUCAACAACGUAUGCCGCGGUCAGUGUAGAAAAGCCAGGGAAACAGCAGGGAGUGUUCUGGGGCGCCCGCGGGCAUCCAUGCUGCAGCCAGGACCCCCAGACACUGACUGACUGCUGGUGGGGGUGUGGCCGGAGCACUGCUCACUACCACACCCUCCUGUGUGAGCCUCUCAUGGCCUCACAGGAGUGUUGUGGGGAGGUAAGCUGGAUGGUAUAAUGAAAUCUUAGGACGAGAACCAGGUUUCUGUGUGUUAAAAGCAAUGUGUGCUAAUGUGUGUCCAAAAACCAUUCUGCCGGCUUGCAAUUUAUUUUUAGACUUUGUGGCUUAAUUUUGUUGUUGUUCUAUAUACCAAAGAGGCUUACAGGUUUGCCAGUUACCACGUGAGGCCAGUUGGCUGAGGAGCUGCCAGCCCUCAGCACCUGAGGCUGUGCAGCUCUGUGGUGGCCAUUGCUGUUGUCCACAGCAAACUGCCCAGGAAUAACUGUGGUGACACGAGUGGACACAGUCCACGCUUCCUGUAGCUGCACAGGGAGGAAAUGGGUCUUUGGCAGUCACACCCAGCUUUCUCAGUGUAUCUAAGCUGGGCUGCCUCCAGCCUCCCAGGCCCCGCGAGGGCCAUGAAGUUGUCUUUUUGAUGGAUGGAGAGUAGCUGAUGACAGCCCUGGCAUUGUGGGUGAUAAGGCUGAAUGUUGGCAUUUGAUGUCACCCUCCACCUGCCAGAGGCCAGGAAAUUCAGCCUUAUGACGUGCCUGGGGGUGGGGAUGUGAGGUUGUGUCCUUAAAGAGCAUUUCAGGGGUGCGGGGUGGAGGGCCAGGCCACCCUCCUGACACUCCCAGGAUGGCAGUCUGCAGUCUCCAAGGGAAUGUGAGCCUCUUCCGGGCAGGGUUUGGCAGAUGGUUGAUCUCUGCUGCUGUGGGCUGGAGAGUGCCCUAACUUUAUGAAUGUAGCAGGUGGCCGCAGAAUUGGGCUGAUGAGGCUUUUCAGGUAUUAUAAGGGCUGCCAUGUCCUAGGGUGUCCACAAAUUAAGGAAUUGUCAGAGAUUGAUUUGUCUACUUGCAGAGUGGAGGGUUUUGUGUGGAAAGUGGGUACCUUGCAGAAAAAAAGGCUACUUGGCAGUCAUGGGGCAGGAAGCCUCAGGCAGCCCCUCAGCUCAGCCACUACAGGCUGGUGUGGCAGUUUGUAACAGCCUUCAAGCAGGGCAGAAAGGGUCACAGCGGAGGCUUGGUGGGAACUGCUGCUUGGACCUAGGGCGUGCGUCUUGUCAGUUCGCCCCACUUAGUCCCUGAGGGCUCAGCCAAAGCUCCUGGGUUGCCUCCUCCGCUCUCCCCUGCCUUAGGUAGCUCUGCUUUUUAGUGGCGGUGAGGUAGGGCCCUCAGCCUCCCGGUGGGUGGGCGGUGGGCGGCAUGGCUGCGAAGCUUGUCCCUCGCUCACCCUGAGCUCGGCAGGCCUCUGUCCCGAGUGAGGGCAGCUUGUCUGACCCAUUGCAAGGAAGGAGAAGUGUGGAGUAAUUACUGUACUCUUCUUUUUACAUACAGAAAUGUUUAUUUAAAUAUAUUAAAUGGGAUUUUCUUUCACAGA